AGGGGUUAGAAGUUCAUAGGUCACGAUGCAGGGUCUCACACUAUACGACCCGAUGCUCUGAUGCGACCUGAGUGCUCACACUGUGCGUACAUGCACAACACGUCGUGUUGCUGUUUCCGGAAGAAGAACCCGGAAGUCAACCGCCAAUAAACAAUAUGAAGAAGAAGAAUCCGGAACUGAGGAGACUAAUCCGCGAAAUUCGAAAAUGCUCACCAAAGAGAAACGCGCUGCCUUAGCAGUGUGUGCCAUUUUGUGUGCAGAACGAUCUAAAAAGAAAAAGCGACUGCGUGUAUGGACAAGGAAAUGGCUGGGCAAACGUGGGCAGUACGGUCUGUCAAUUCUACAACGAGAACUGGAGGUAGAUGAUAUGAGGGGUUUUCGGGACCUUCUCAGAAUGUCUGUGGAGGACUUUAACUAUCUACUGGAGAGGAUUAGUCCUGCUAUCAUCAAGAAGGAUACACACCUCAGGAAGGCCAUCAGCCCCAGGGAAAGGCUUUCAGUUACCCUACGAUUUUUGGCAACAGGUGAAACCUUCAACUCAUUAAGUUUCCAGUAUAGGAUUGGAAGCACCACACUGAGCACGAUUGUCAUGGAAACAUGCACAGCUCUUACCUGUGCACUGCAUGAAGACUACUUGAAGACACCAUCAACUGAGUCUGAGUGGAAGGCCAUUGCCAGAGACUUUGCAAACAAGUGGCAAUUUCCACACUGCCUGGGAGCUAUAGAUGGUAAACACAUUUUCAUCCAACCCCCUCCCAAGACUGGCAGCAUGUAUUUUAACUACAAGUCCAGGUUUUCCAUCAUUCUUAUGGCUGUUGUUGAUGCCAAUUACAAGUUUGUGUAUGCAAGCGCAGGGACACAAGGUAGGGUCUCUGAUGCAGGAGUGUUUGCCCAUUCAGACCUGAAAGAAGCAAUGGACACAGGCACACUAAACUUUCCCCCUGCUGAUAUCCUGCCAGGCACUGAUGCUUUGAUGCCACACAUGCUAAUUGGAGAUGAUGCUUAUCCCCUCCGACCAGAUCUCAUGAAACCAUAUCCAUUUCGAAACCUUAACACCGAUCAGAGAAUAUACAACUACCGUCUGUCCAGAGCACGUCGCGUUGUGGAGAACGCUUUCGGAAUUUUGGCGAAUCGCUUCAGAGUGUUCAGAACAACAAUUUGCCUGGACCCAGACAAGGUUGUCACCAUUAUCUUUGCGUGCCUUUGUCUGCACAACUAUCUCCGGGACCACAGAUCUGACGCCUAUGUACCACCUGGCUAUGUGGAUUCUGAGGAUGCCAACAACCAGCUGGUCGAAGGUGCAUGGAGAAUGGAGGGAGAGCUUCAGUCAGUUUCAAUGGGCCUUGCACGGAACCCCUCAGUAGAAGCAAAGAAACAACGAGAUGUCCUUUGCGAGUACUUUGUCUCACCUGCAGGGAGUGUUUCAUGGCAGGAAGACAUGGUGUAGGAAGACAGAAGGGUUUUCUUGGUUUGUUUUUUUUGUUUAAAUUGCC